AUGGACACCGUGGACUUCGAUCUCAACGAUGCCCUCAAGCACUACAUGUCGGACCCGGCUAGCAUUGCUACGCCAGAGGCUGACGGAGCCCUCUUCGACUGCGAAAAUGACCCCGAGGCCCUCACCCUGCCAUUAGUCAACUCGGUCCUGAACCCGAUCGUCGACGCAGUCGCCGAUAACCCAGAUGCAAUCAUGCGCGCCUCAAACAUAGAUUCGCUGCAGUUUCUUCUCAAGUUAGCCCCCAUCUCCCUUCACCAAUCCCCUGAUACUACGGCUAUGGGGCAUCAUUCUGAGCUAGAAAAUCCCAGAUACACCGCACACCUCCCUACCCACGCCCUCAGCAAGAUCUUCGAUCUAGUCAUGAGCGGUUUGAGUGCAGAGGCCGACUCUGUACACACCGAUAUCGAUUCCGCCGACGAGCAGGACACGGUUGCCCACCACAAGAAACUCCUCGAGAUAUUCGGUUUCCUCCUCCAAUGGACGAUCGCCGCCGUCGAGACCAAGGCCGCCGAGAAGACGACAGCAGCACCGGUUGCUAGAAGUCGUGGAAAGCCAAAGAAGGGCGCUGCUAAGGAUAAGGAUGCGGCCUGGGACUCAGCCACGCAGCUGCAGGCAGCUCUGGAAGUUAUGUGCAAGGUCCUAAAGCUAAAACUCUCCAAGAUCUUCCUUACAACGAGCGAGCGAGAUACCUUUGUCGGUCUCCUUACUCGACCUGUAUACAUGAUUUUGGAGAGUGAGCAGCGAGUCAAGGCCACAAGUAUCAGAAUGCACUGCUUCAAGGUCCUUUGCAUCGCUGUGAAGCACCAUGGACACGCAUAUGCGGCACAAAUCAACAUUAUCCAAAACUUGACAUACUUCGAGCAUUUGUCAGAACCUAUGGCCGAGUUUCUAAACAUUUUGGCCGAGACAUACGACUAUCCUCAACUGGCUGAUGAGGUGUUACGAGAGCUUAGCAACAAGGAGUUCAACUCCAAUGAUACCCGAGGACCCAAGUCGGUUUCUUCCUUUAUCGCUAAGCUUUCGGAACUGGCUCCCCGAUUGGUGAUCAAGCAGAUGACAAUGCUUGCGAAGCAACUAGACAGCGAGUCAUACACUCUUCGAUGUGCCUUGAUUGAGGUCUGCGGAAACAUGGUUGGUUACCUUAGCAAACAGGAUGAGCGCAGUGAGAACCACAAGUCCCAGCUUAAUGCCUUUUUCGACGUGUUGGAAGAGCGAUUCCUCGAUAUCAACCCUUACUGCAGAUGCAGGACACUCCAAGUAUACAUGAAACUUUGCGAUCUUGCUCAGAAAUUCCCCAAGCGACGACAAAAGGCGGCUGAGCUUGCAUGCAGAAGUUUGGAGGAUAAGAGUAGCAAUGUCCGCCGCAAUGCCAUCAAGCUGAUGGGUACACUUAUCAAGACCCAUCCCUUCACAGUCAUGCACGGAGCGCAGCUUUCCAGAAAGGAAUGGCAAGCUCGUCUGGACAAGGUUCAGGAAGAAUUGGACGCUCUCAAGCCUCCUCCUGGUGUCCCUGGCUUUGGUGGUGACCAAGCAAACACAACCGUCGAUAACGAGCUUUUGGAUGAGGCUACACAACUGGGCUCUCCCGUGAAGCCAACGCAGAUGACCGAAGAGGACAAGGUUGCAGCCAUUAAGAAGGCUCAAGAGGAAGCAGCCACUAGCGAGGCCAUUGAGAAGCUCACCCUGACCAGAAGGUACUACAACGAGGCGCUCAAGUUCAUCGAUGUUGUCCACGACGCCACAACCACUAUCUGCCAACUUCUUGGUUCAAGGAACAAGAGCGAGGUCAUUGAGGCCAUUGACUUCUUUGAGGUUGGUGAUGCCUACAAUAUUGAGCAGAACAAGGUUGGCAUUCGACGCAUGCUUCGUCUCAUCUGGACCAAGGGCAACAGCGAUGAAGGCAAGGGUGUUCAAACACAUCUGAUCGAAUGCUAUAAGCGACUUUUUUUCGAGGCUCCCGACUCUUUCAGCUCCAAUGAUGCCGCCAACUACAUUGCGCGAAACAUGAUCAGUCUUACCUUUGGCGCAACACCAGCCGAGCUCACCUCUCUUGAGCAGCUUUUGGCGACGAUGAUGAAGGGUGGCAUGAUUUCCGAAGUUGUUAUCAACAAGUUGUGGCAAGUCUACGGUGUUCAGAAGCGUGAGAUCUCGCGCACCCAGCGACGAGGUGCUAUCAUUGUUCUGGGUAUGCUGGCAACAGCAAACCCUGAGAUUGUCGUUGGCGAGAUGGAGACCAUGCUUCGAACAGGUCUUGGUUCCCAUGGACGCAGCGACCUUCAGCUGGCCAAGUUCACCUGCAUUGCUUUGAGACGAAUCAACCCUACUGGACGACAGGAAAAGGACUCGCCAGUUAAGUUCUCACGAUUGCCCAACGACCAUGCUGUGUGCGUGAGACUUGCUGCCAUCACUGAGGUCCAGUCAGACAGCAAGGAGUGGUAUGGUGUAGCUGAGCAAGCUGUCAGUGCCAUCUACGCUAUUUCCAAGCACCCCGAUACUCUCUGUUCAGACAUCAUUCGACGAAGGGCAAAGCAAAUCUUUGGACAACCCCGAUCGCCCCCAUCUUCGCAGCCCAACUCUCGACCCGGAUCGCGCGAUGAGACUAAGCAUACACCAAGUGAAGAUCCAACUCAAACACAAACCCAGUCUCAAUCCCAGUCCCAGGGCGAGAAGUCCAAGAAGCGUGACAACGCCAUCGCUCUGUCGCAGCUUCUCUUCAUCGUUGGCCACGUCGCCAUCAAGCAGAUUGUUCACCUUGAACUGUGCGAGCUCGACUUCAAGCGAAGAAAGCAGGAGAAGGAGAAGCAGGGUCCCGCGAAGAGCGACAAGGACAAGGAGGACGCGGACGAGCUGGAUCUCAUCGGAGGUACAACCGAAGACGACUUUACAGAAGCCAUGACACUCAUUCGUGAGCGAGAACUUUUGUACGGCCCUGAGUCGCUACUUGCUGUCUUUGGUCCUCUGGUGUCCGAGAUCUGCGCCAACAACACUACAUAUGCCGAUAAGGGACUUCAGGCCGCCGCGACACUCUGCCUCGCCAAGCUUAUGUGUGUGUCGGCGGAGUACUGUGAGACCAACCUGCCACUGCUUAUUACCAUCAUGGAGCGAUCACCCAACGCGACAGUCCGAAGCAAUGCCGUCAUCGCCCUUGGAGAUAUGGCUGUUUGCUUCAACCACCUCAUUGAUGAAAAUACCGACUUCUUGUACCGUCGUCUGGCUGAUGACGAUGCCUCGGUCAAGCGAACUUGUCUCAUGACAUUGACUUUCCUGAUUUUGGCCGGACAAGUCAAGGUCAAGGGUCAGCUUGGUGAGAUGGCCAAGUGUCUUGAGGAUGAGGAUCGUCGAAUCGCGGAUAUGGCAAGAAUGUUCUUCACUGAGCUCAGUACCAAGGACAAUGCUGUCUACAACCACUUUGUCGACAUGUUCAGUCUGCUCAGUGCCGGUGACAACAUGGACGAGGAGAGUUUCCGCAGAAUUAUCAAGUUCUUGCUUGGCUUUGUCGAAAAGGACAAGCACGCCAAGCAACUGGCAGAGAAGCUUGCGGCUCGUCUCAGCCGGUGCGAGACAGAAAGGCAAUGGAACGAUGUCGCUUUUGCGUUGGGUAUCCUACAGCACAAGAACGAAGAAAUCACCAAGCUGGUGUCGGAAGGUUACAGGGUCGUUCAGUCCCAUGCUUGA